AUGGACUCGUCUACUUUCACCACUAGCAGCUCACGACACCGCACUCCAUCAUCAAAUGGAUCGUUUAGCUUUGGCGGGAAUAGCCCCGGUGGCAGAGAGUUUACUUUCACCGUAGCUAAUGUUGACAUUCCGUUGCCGUCAGUCGAAUUCCACUCUGGGUCUGACACAGGCUCAGAACCAAGAAAUAAUUACACCACGAAACCUACUUCGGGCUUCAAUCCUGACAAUCACCUUGGUACCUUCUCUGGAGCCUUUGAUUAUCCAACGCGCCAACGAGCCAGGAGUUUCACUAGAGGCCCAGUGGGUGCCGCAGACUCGGCGCCCCAAUUGGCGGCUAUACGACCGACCAGCUCGCAGCUUGAGGGUAUUUCCAUGCAAGAACUUGGCACGGCUCUCCACGAUGUUGCGAAAAAUCCCAGCAAGCCAACUCUCAAAGUAAAUAGCGCUGCUCCGGGCAGACAAAGUUCUGCACCGCCGGACCUUCCUCCACUGGUGUCAUCAAGCGAUGCACAUAGAGUGGAGGACGAAGUGCUCCUCAAUGACCCUUUCCAGAACAAAGAGUUGCAGGAUGCUCUUAGCAGGUCAAAAGAGCUAAUGGCCAAGCUGGACAACGAUUUAAGCAGUAGCUCUUUGGUCAAGGAGCCAGAAUCCACAAUCGGGCGACUCCGUCAUCGAGUUCAUGAAUUAGCUGCAUUUCAUUGUCCUGCAACGAGAAUUGUAGGGUUCGUUGGCGACUCCGGAGUUGGAAAAAGCAGUCUUUUAAACUCUCUACUGGACUACAAAGACCUGGCACGAGCUAACAGCAGUGGUGUCGCCUGUACUUGUGUCAUCACAGAAUAUCACUAUCAUGACGCCACAACAUUUGAAAUCCGCAUAGAUGCUUUCAGUGGGGAAGAGCUUGAAACUCAGAUCAAAGACCUAGUACAUAAAUAUAGGUCCUAUCAUCGUCACCGAAGCACACUGGAGGGGCCGGAGCGGCAGGUUUGCGAGGAGGAAGCUGAUGUAGCCCAAGACACACUGAUGACAAUGUUCCGCACAAAGCUAUCAAAUCUGGACUGGAUCAAAAACGAGCCCGAUGUCGAGCGAGUGAAUAAUCAACUUGUCGGAUGGGCAACCAGUUACCUGGGCUCACAAGACUUGGAAACUCAAGUUCUUGACUCGCCGAAAACGUGUUCCGCACGUCUUCAGCAUCUGACGUCAGACAUGUCCUCGGGCAAUGCGCCUGCUUUGUGGCCAUUCAUUCGUGGUGUCAAGGUCUAUCUGAACUCGCCCAUUCUCAGCAGAGGCAUUAUCCUAGUUGAUCUUCCAGGCCUACGCGAUCUGAAUGCGGCGCGCCGCAAUAAUACGGAGCGCUAUUUGGCGGAGCAGAAGUGUCACGAGGUGUUUGCAGUUUGUGAUAUUAGCAGGGCGACCUCAGAUGUUGGAGUCAAGGCCGUGUUUGAACUUGCCUCUAAAGCUUGUCUUUCAAGUGUGGGCAUUGUGUGCACUAGGACCGAUGUUUAUAGGGUCGAUGAAGCUGUUAACGGUUGGCCUGGCGAAGUACAGGACAACAUAAAAGAUCUACGAGAGACAAGAGAUAGUUGCCAAGAAUCAGAGGCGGAGGCGGAGCAGCAAUAUAUGGACCUCAAGUCGGACCAGACACCAGAGACGCGCGAUGAGCGCCAGCGUGACAAGAAACUGUGGGAUGAAUGGCAGACAGCCCGAGAUCGGGUGCGGGCGGCCAAAUUCAAUCUCCAAAGAUGCAUAAUUGAUACAAGAAACGACGACGUGUCCACGAAGCUUGUUGACAAAUAUGGCAACCAAACCAGCACACGCAACGAUGCUCAGCCUGAUUUAAAGGUAUUCUGCGUCAGCAACACACUGUAUUGGAAGGAAAGGCACAAACCAGCAUCGCAAUAUCUGCCCCAUCUAAAGCUCAGUGGCAUUCAGGUUAUGCGCCAACAUUUUACCUCCAAGGUAGCCGAAAGCCAAUUACGGCUGGCAAAAGCGUACAUGCAGAAUCAUAUUCCAGACGUGCUGCGCGACUUGGCACUCUGGGCAGAGCGCGGGAACGGCACCUUGGGUACGGAACGUAAGGUUGCCAUUCAAAAGACCUUGGGCGAGAUUGAAGAACAGAUGGAACAAGAACUCCUCAGCGCUGUAUCCAAAGUUCCACGCCUUGCAAGCGAGUUGGAAGAGCACUAUGUGCAACAAAUCCACUCAGGUACUAAGCAGAUUUGUACACCCAACUUGAAGGAACCCGACCUGAUCAAGUCGCAGUGCAGCAAAUUUCGGCUUGGAGUAAUGCCGCUAAAGAAGCGUCUCUGGAGUGGUCUGGCAAAAUUUGGGCAUCACUCUACCCCAGCAGAAGGUGAACGCAAUUGGAAUGAGGAGGCAAUGAGUUCCAUGGUCAAUGACUUGACCGGCCCCAUAGACGGGCUCAUUGCUUUCACAGCCUCCAAGGAAACGCAAGUGGUAGAUUCAUUUUUGAAAACCACUAGGACGGCAGAAGACAAGCUCAAUGUCCAUCUGGGACGGUACAGAGCGACGGCUCUUUCACUGAUUGACGCGCUUCAUUCCCGUCAACGUCAACUCACCAUCGAAAUGAGUGACCUGUUUAACACUUGUGCUAGGCAGCUUUCAACCCUGAGAACAGACACUUUGAGCGACAUCCGCACUUCGCAGUUUGGCAAAGAACUUGAAGAAGCAUAUGCGAAAUGUCGAAUUGAAUCCGGUCCUGGAAGCGACCGCAGGCGCAAAGCCAUUAUCGUGUCAAGAAUGGGAGACCGGACCGUGUUUGAAAAUAUGAUGUUGUUCCUGAGACGAAACUUGCUUCAGUUAUCCCAGUCACUUGAACAGCAAGUCAAGGACAUCUUAAGAGGACAUCUGGAUGUCAUUAUACGUACUUUUGACAUCAUACGAUGCGAGAACUCCCUAGAGGAGAGCGAGAAGGAUCCGCAUUUUACGGAAUUGCUCAAGGGCUCUGUAGCCUCGAUCUCGGCUGAGCUGGAUGAAAUUUACAAAGUUCUGGAAUAA